UUAUCUCUAAAUAUACAGCCAAAUCAUUCAGAAAUCAGCGUGUAUAUAAUGUUUCUAUUCCUGCUUGCAUUCAACGCCACCAAUUCAUUUUGCUUAAAAUCCAUCAUUGGAUAAAUGGCUAUAAGUUACUCUUUUCCAGCUUCAAUUCCAAUCAGACGGCCUGCAGGCAGUACACUGGCGAUGCGGGAUCAUAAUCAAAUCUCAGUUAAUACCAAACCUCUUCAGAUCAGAUCAUUUUCCAAGAAUAAGGUUUUCGAAGAUCUGUCAGCAGGUAUUGUGUGUUAUAGAGAUGAGAAUGGGGAUGUAACAUGUGAAGGAUUUGAUGAGGGUCCUCGUUUUCACCACCAACUAUCGAGGUUUACUUGUAAUUCAAGAGACAUUGAGAUUGUUGAGCUUCUUCUGAGAUGUUGGGAUGCUGCUGAUUUCAAAGGGAUUUAAUGAUUUACGUUCUCCUGCACUUGCACUGAUAUUUGUCAUGUGUACAACAACAUAUUUUUUCAAUCAUUCAAUUAGAAACUUCACAUUCCAAUUGUAUCUGCUCGAAUUUCAAUCAAUGCACAAAUUCCAGGAUAUGCAUCUAUUAGAGUGAAUGCACAGAAAAUGUUCCAUCAUCUGA